GCAGUGCGGUCUUCCCGCCUCCAACAAGAUGGCGGCGGCCGAGUAGCGCGGGGGCGGGGUGUGGCCGCCGGAAGCCCGGCCGCUGCCGGGGGGAGCCGCGGGCGAAGGCCCGGGCGCAGCGGGCCGAGGCGGGAUGCUGUUCCCAGGAAGCGCCGUUGGCCACCGGUGAGGAAGGUCAAGCACAGAGCUGCCUUCCCGAGCCCCCAGCGACCCCUAUGUACACCCCCCUCUGCUCGAGUGCGGUCGCCGCUUUGCCUGCUCCGGUACCGCCCUGUGCUGUCGGGUCCCGGAGCUCCGGCGGCGGCAGGGGCUGUGUCCGGCAGGAGAGGAAGCGCCCAGGCUGCGUCCGUGCUUCUGUCCGCGGGGCGAGCGUCUGGCAGGAAGUACUUAAACAACUACAAGGAAGUAUUGAAGAUGAAGCUAUGGCUUCUUCUGGACAGAUUGAUUUAUUAGAACGUCUUAAAGAACUUAACUUAGAUAGCAGUAAUUUCCCUGGAGUGAAACUACGGUCCAAAAUGUCCCUCCGUUCUUACGGAAGCCGAGAAGGAUCUGUAUCUAGUCGCUCAGGAGAAUGCAGUCCUGUUCCUAUGGGUUCAUUUCCAAGAAGAGGGUUUGUAAAUGGAAGCAGAGAAAAUACCGGUUAUUUAGAAGAACUUGAAAAAGAGAGAUCAUUGCUUCUUGCUGACCUUGACAAAGAAGAAAAGGAAAAAGACUGGUAUUAUGCUCAACUUCAGAAUCUCACUAAAAGAAUAGAUAGCCUUCCUUUAACUGAAAAUUUUUCCUUACAAACAGAUAUGACCAGAAGGCAGUUGGAAUAUGAGGCAAGGCAAAUCAGAGUUGCGAUGGAAGAACAACUAGGUACUUGCCAGGAUAUGGAAAAACGAGCACAGCGAAGAAUAACCAGAAUUCAACAAAUAGAAAAGGACAUACUUCGUAUACGACAGCUUUUACAGUCCCAAGCCACAGAAGCAGAGAGGUCAUCUCAGAGCAAGCAUGAAGCGGGCUCACAUGAAGCUGAACGGCAGAAUGAAGGUCAAGGAGUGGCAGAAAUCAACAUGGCAACCUCGGGUAGCGGUCAGGGUUCAACUACACGAAUAGAUCAUGAAACAGCCAGUGUUUUGAGUUCUAGUAGCACACAUUCUGCUCCUCGAAGGCUGACGAGUCAUCUGGGAACCAAGGUGGAAAUGGUGUAUUCAUUGUUGUCAAUGCUUGGUACUCAUGAUAAGGAUGAUAUGUCGCGAACUUUGCUAGCUAUGUCUAGCUCCCAAGACAGCUGUAUAUCCAUGCGACAGUCUGGAUGUCUUCCUCUCCUCAUCCAGCUUUUACAUGGCAAUGACAAAGACUCUGUGUUGUUGGGAAAUUCCCGGGGCAGUAAAGAGGCUCGGGCCAGGGCCAGUGCAGCACUCCACAACAUCAUUCACUCACAGCCUGAUGACAAGAGAGGCAGGCGUGAAAUCCGAGUCCUUCAUCUUUUGGAACAGAUACGAGCUUACUGUGAAACCUGUUGGGAGUGGCAGGAAGCCCAUGAACAAGGCAUGGACCAGGACAAAAAUCCAAUGCCAGCUCCUGUUGAACAUCAGAUCUGCCCUGCUGUCUGUGUUCUAAUGAAGCUUUCGUUUGAUGAAGAGCAUAGACAUGCCAUGAAUGAGCUUGGUAGGAAGGCUACCCGGGGCAUUUCAUCCCAGGAGCUAGGGCAGGGGCUUUCAGGGGGACUACAGGCCAUUGCAGAAUUAUUGCAAGUGGACUGUGAAAUGUAUGGGCUUACUAAUGACCACUACAGUAUUACUUUAAGACGCUAUGCAGGAAUGGCUUUGACAAACUUGACUUUCGGAGAUGUAGCCAACAAGGCUACUCUCUGCUCUAUGAAAGGCUGCAUGAGAGCACUCGUGGCUCAGCUCCAGUCUGAGAGCGAGGACUUGCAGCAGGUUAUUGCGAGUGUUUUGAGGAAUCUGUCUUGGAGAGCAGAUGUAAAUAGUAAAAAGACUUUGCGUGAAGUUGGAAGUGUGAAAGCAUUGAUGGAAUGUGCUUUGGAAGUAAAAAAGGAAUCAACCCUCAAAAGUGUAUUGAGUGCCUUAUGGAACUUGUCAGCACACUGCACUGAGAAUAAAGCUGACAUAUGUGCUGUGGAUGGUGCGCUUGCAUUUUUGGUUGGCACUCUCACUUAUCGCAGCCAGACCAAUACUUUAGCCAUUAUUGAAAGUGGAGGUGGGAUAUUACGGAAUGUUUCCAGCUUGAUAGCUACAAAUGAGGACCACAGGCAAAUCCUAAGAGAGAAUAAUUGCUUACAGACCUUAUUACAACACUUGAAAUCUCACAGUUUGACAAUAGUCAGCAAUGCAUGCGGAACCUUGUGGAAUCUCUCAGCAAGAAACCCUAAAGACCAGGAAGCAUUGUGGGACAUGGGAGCGGUCAGCAUGCUCAAGAACCUCAUUCAUUCAAAGCACAAGAUGAUUGCUAUGGGAAGUGCUGCAGCUUUAAGGAAUCUCAUGGCAAAUAGACCUGCAAAGUAUAAAGAUGCCAAUAUCAUGUCUCCUGGUUCAAGUUUGCCUUCUCUACAUGUCAGGAAACAAAAGGCCCUGGAAGCAGAAUUAGAUGCUCAGCAUUUAUCAGAAACUUUUGACAAUAUUGACAAUUUAAGUCCCAAGGCCUCUCAUCGUAGUAAGCAGAGACACAAGCAAAAUCUCUAUGGUGACUAUGUUUUUGACACCAAUCGACAUGAUGAUAACAGGUCAGAGAAUUUUAAUACUGGAAACAUGACUGUCCUAUCACCAUACUUAAACACUACAGUAUUGCCCAGCUCUUCUUCAUCAAGGGGAAGUUUAGACAGCUCUCGUUCUGAGAAAGAUAGAAGUUUGGAGAGAGAACGAGGUAUUAGCCUAGGCAACUAUCACCCAGCAACAGAAAAUCCAGGAACCUCUUCAAAGCGAGGUUUGCAGAUUUCUACCACUGCAGCCCAGAUUGCCAAAGUCAUGGAAGAAGUAUCAGCUAUUCAUACCUCUCAGGAAGACAGAAGUUCUGGGUCUACCACAGAACUACACUGUGGGACAGAUGAGAGGAAUGCACUAAGAAGAAGCUCUACCACCCACACACAUGCAAACACGUACAACUUUACCAAGUCAGAAAACUCAAACAGAACAUGUCCGAUACCAUAUGCCAAAGUAGAAUAUAAGAGAUCUUCAAAUGAUAGUUUAAAUAGUGUCAGCAGUAGUGAUGGUUAUGGUAAAAGAGGUCAGAUGAAGCCUUCAAUUGAAUCCUAUUCUGAAGAUGAUGAAAGUAAAUUUUGCAGCUAUGGUCAGUAUCCAGCUGACCUAGCCCAUAAAAUACACAGUGCAAAUCAUAUGGAUGAUAAUGAUGGAGAACUAGAUACACCAAUAAAUUACAGUCUUAAAUAUUCCGAUGAACAGUUGAACUCUGGGAGGCAGAGCCCUUCACAGAAUGAAAGAUGGGCAAGACCCAAACAUAUACUAGAAGAUGAAAUAAAACCAAAUGAGCAGAGACAAUCAAGGAGUCAAAGCACAGCUUAUCCCGUGUAUCCUGAGAGCACUGACGAUAAACACCUCAAGUUCCAACCACACUUUGGGCAGCAAGAAUGUGUUUCCCCAUACAGGUCAAGAGCAGCCAAUGGAUCUGAAACAAAUCGAGUAGGCUCUAAUCAUGGAAUUAGUCAAAAUGUGAACCAGUCUUUGUGUCAAGAAGAUGACUAUGAAGACGAUAAACCAACCAACUAUAGUGAACGUUACUCUGAGGAAGGGCAGCACGAGGAAGAAGAGAGGCCAACCAAUUACAGCAUAAAAUACAGUGAAGAAAAACAUCACGUGGAUCAGCCUAUUGAUUAUAGUUUAAAAUACACCACAGACAUUUCUUCUUCACAGAAACCAGCAUUUUCAUUCUCAAAGAAUUCAUCUGGACAGAGCACAAAAACUGAACACAUCUCUUCAAGCAGCGAGAAUACGUCCACAACUUCAUCUAAUGCCAAGAGGCAGAAUCAGCUGCAUCCAAGCUCAGCACAGAGCAGAAGUGGUCAGACCCCAAAAGCCACCUCUUCUUCUUGCAAAGUCCCCUCUAUCAACCAAGAAACAAUACAGACUUACUGUGUAGAAGAUACCCCAAUAUGCUUUUCAAGAUGCAGUUCAUUAUCGUCUUUGUCAUCUGCUGAAGAUGAAGUAGGGUGUGAUCAGACAACACAAGAAGCAGAGUCUGCUAACACUCUGCAAAUAGCCGAAAUCAAGGACAACAGCGGACCUAGGUCAAAUGAAGAUUCUGUGAGUAAAGUUCCAGCAGGGUCACAGCACAUUAGAACCAAAUCCAGCAGACUCCAGGCUUCUGGUCUGUCUUCAGAGUCAGCCAGGCACAAAGCUGUUGAAUUUUCUUCAGGGGCCAAAUCUCCUUCCAAGAGCGGUGCUCAGACACCCAAAAGUCCACCAGAGCACUACGUUCAGGAGACCCCACUCAUGUUUAGCAGAUGUACUUCGGUCAGUUCACUCGACAGUUUUGAGAGUCGCUCGAUUGCCAGCUCUGUUCAGAGUGAACCCUGCAGUGGAAUGGUAAGCGGCAUCAUAAGCCCCAGUGACCUCCCAGAUAGCCCUGGACAAACCAUGCCGCCAAGCAGAAGCAAAACCCCGCCACCGCCGCCUCCGCCUCCUCCUCAGACAGUUCAAACGAAGCAGGAAGUACCUAAAAAUAAAGCACCUAGUGCUGAAAAGAGAGAAAGUGGACCCAAGCAAGCUGCUGUAAAUGCUGCAGUACAAAGGGUCCAGGUUCUUCCAGAGGCUGAUACUCUGUUACAUUUUGCCACAGAGAGUACUCCUGAUGGAUUUUCUUGUUCAUCUAGCCUGAGCGCUCUGAGCCUUGAUGAGCCAUUUAUUCAGAAAGAUGUAGAACUAAGAAUAAUGCCUCCAGUUCAGGAAAAUGACAAUGGGAAUGAAACAGAAAGUGAGCAGCCUGAAGAAUCAAAUGAAAACCAGGAAAAAGAGGCAGAAAAACCCACUGAUUCUGAAAAAGAUCUUUUAGAUGAGUCAGAUGAUGAUGAUAUUGAAAUACUAGAAGAGUGUAUAAUUUCUGCCAUGCCAACAAAAUCUUCACGCAAAGCCAAAAAACCAGCCCAGACUACUUCGAAAUUACCUCCACCUGUGGCAAGGAAACCAAGUCAGCUCCCUGUAUACAAACUUCUGCCAUCGCAAAACAGGUUACAGGCACAAAAGCAUGUUAGUUUUACACAAGGAGAUGAUAUGCCACGGGUGUAUUGUGUAGAAGGGACACCUAUAAACUUUUCCACAGCUACAUCUCUGAGUGAUCUAACGAUAGAAUCCCCUCCAAAUGAGUUAGCUGCUGGAGAAGGGGUUAGAGCAGGGGCACAGUCAAGUGAAUUUGAAAAAAGAGAUACCAUUCCUACUGAAGGCAGAAGUACAGAUGAGGCUCAACGAGGGAAAGCCUCAUCCGUCACUGUACCUGAACUGGAUGACAACAAAACAGAAGAAGGUGAUAUUCUUGCAGAAUGCAUUAAUUCUGCCAUGCCCAAAGGAAAAAGUCACAAGCCUUUCCGUGUGAAAAAGAUUAUGGACCAGGUCCAGCAAGCAUCUAUGUCUUCAUCUGGAAUUAACAAAAAUCAAUUAGAUGGUAAGACAAAGAAACCUACUUCACCAGUAAAACCUAUACCACAAAAUACUGAGUAUAGGACACGUGUAAGAAAAAAUACAGACUCAAAAAAUAAUUUAAAUGCCGAAAGAAAUUUCUCGGAAAACAAAGACUCAAAGAAACAGCACUUGAAAAAUAAUUCCAAGGACUUCAAUGAUAAACUGCCAAAUAAUGAAGACAGAGUCAGAGGAAGUUUUACUUUUGAUUCACCUCAUCAUUACACGCCCAUUGAAGGCACUCCAUACUGUUUUUCACGAAAUGACUCUUUGAGUUCUCUAGAUUUUGAUGAUGAUGAUGUUGACCUUUCUAGGGAAAAGGCUGAAUUAAGAAAGGGGAAGGAAAAUAAAGAAUCAGAAGCUAAAGUGACCAACCACACAGAACUAACCUCAAACCAACAAUCAGCUAGUAAGACACCAGCUGUUACAAAGCAGCCAAUAAAUAGAGGUCAGUCUAAACCCAUGCUGCAGAAGCAGUCCACUUUUCCCCAGUCUUCCAAAGAUAUACCAGACAGAGGGGCAGCAACAGAUGAGAAAUUACAGAAUUUCGCUAUUGAAAAUACUCCAGUUUGCUUUUCUCGAAAUUCCUCUCUAAGCUCUCUUAGUGACAUUGAUCAAGAAAACAACAACAACAAGGAAAAUGAACCUAUCAAAGAGACAGAGCCCCCUGCCUCACAGGGAGAACCAGGUAAACCCCAGGCCUCAGGUUAUGCUCCUAAAUCAUUUCACGUGGAAGACACCCCUGUUUGUUUCUCAAGAAACAGUUCUCUCAGUUCUCUUAGUAUUGAUUCUGAAGAUGACCUGUUGCAGGAAUGUAUAAGUUCUGCAAUGCCAAAAAAGAAAAAGCCUUCCAGGCUCAAGCCUGAUAAUGAAAAGCAUAGUCCCAGAAAUAUGGGUGGCAUAUUAGCAGAAGAUUUGACACUCGAUUUGAAAGAUAUACAGAGACCAGAUUCAGAACAUGGUUUAUCCCCAGAUUCAGAAAAUUUUGAUUGGAAAGCUAUUCAGGAAGGUGCAAAUUCCAUAGUAAGUAGUUUACAUCAAGCUGCUGCCGCUGCAUGUUUAUCUCGACAAGCUUCAUCUGAUUCAGAUUCCAUCCUUUCACUGAAAUCGGGCAUCUCUCUGGGAUCACCAUUUCAUCUUACACCUGAUCAAGAAGAAAAACCCUUUACAAGUAAUAAAGGCCCACGAAUUCUAAAACCUGGGGAGAAAAGUACAUUGGAAACUAAAAAAAUAGAAUCUGAAAAUAAAGGAAUAAAAGGAGGCAAAAAGGUUUAUAAAAGUUUGAUUACUGGAAAAGUUCGAUCUAACUCGGAAAUUUCGAGCCAAAUGAAACAACCGCUUCAAACAAACAUGCCUUCAAUCUCUCGAGGUAGGACAAUGAUUCAUAUUCCAGGAGUUCGGAAUAGCUCUUCAAGUACAAGUCCAGUGUCUAAAAAAGGCCCGCCCCUCAAGACUCCAGCCUCCAAAAGCCCUAGUGAAGGUCAGCCGGCUACCACCUCUCCCAGAGGAACCAAGCCAUCAGUGAAGUCAGAAUUAAGCCCUGUUACAAGGCAGGCAUCCCAGACAGUGGGAUCAAACAAAGCACCUUCUAGAUCAGGAUCUAGAGAUUCCACUCCUUCAAGACCUGCCCAGCAACCAUUAAGUAGACCAAUGCAGUCUCCAGGGCGAAACUCAAUCUCUCCUGGUAGAAAUGGAAUAAGUCCCCCUAACAAAUUAUCUCAACUACCAAGGACGUCAUCCCCUAGUACUGCUUCAACUAAGUCCUCAGGUUCUGGGAAAAUGUCUUACACAUCUCCUGGCAGACAGAUGAGCCAGCAGAACCUCACCAAACAAACGGGCUUAUCCAAGAAUGGCAGUGGUAUCCCAAGAAGUGAAUCUGCCUCCAAAGGGCUAAAUCAAAUGAGUAGUAGUAAUGGAUCCAAUAAAAAAGUAGAACUUUCUAGAAUGUCUUCAACAAAGUCAAGUGGAAGUGAAUCCGAUAGGUCAGAGAGACCUGUAUUAGUACGCCAAUCAACUUUCAUCAAAGAAGCUCCAAGCCCAACCCUAAGGAGAAAACUGGAGGAAUCUGCUUCAUUUGAAUCUCUUUCUCCAUCUUCCAGACCCGAUUCUCCCACACGGUCCCAGGCUCAUACUCCAGUUUUAAGUCCUUCCCUUCCUGAUAUGUCUCUAUCUACACAUUCGUCUGUUCAGUCUGGUGGAUGGCGAAAACUCCCGCCUAACCUCAGUCCCACCAUAGAGUAUAAUGAUGGAAGACCAGUAAAGCGCCAUGAUAUAGCACGCUCUCAUUCCGAAAGUCCUUCCAGACUUCCCAUCAAUAGGUCAGGGACCUGGAAACGUGAGCACAGCAAACACUCAUCAUCACUUCCUCGAGUAAGCACUUGGAGAAGAACUGGAAGUUCAUCCUCAAUUCUUUCUGCUUCAUCAGAAUCUAGUGAAAAGGCAAAAAGUGAGGACGAAAAACAAGUGAACUCUAUUUCAGGAAGCAAACAAACUAAAGAAAACCAGGUAUCCACAAAAGGAACAUGGAGAAAAAUAAAAGAAAGUGAAAUUUCUCCCACAAAUACUACUUCUCAGACCACUUCUUCAGGUGCUGCAAAUGGUGCUGAAUCAAAGACUCUGAUUUAUCAAAUGGCACCUGCUGUUUCUAAAACAGAGGAUGUUUGGGUGAGAAUUGAGGAUUGCCCCAUUAACAACCCUAGAUCUGGAAGAUCUCCAACAGGAAAUACUCCCCCUGUGAUUGACACUGUUUCAGAAAAGGGAAACCCAAACCCUAAAGAUUCAAAAGAUAAUCAGGGAAAACAAAAUGUGAGCAAUGGUAGUGCCCCUACACGCACCAUGGGUCUGGAAAACCGCCUGAAUUCCUUUAUUCAGGUAGAUCCCCCAGACCAAAAAGGAACGGAGACAAAACCGGGACACAGUAAUAACCCUGUCCCUGCAUCCGAGACUAGUGAAAGUUCUAUAGCUGAGCGUACCCCGUUUAGUUCUAGCAGCUCAAGCAAGCACAGUUCACCAAGUGGGACUGUCGCCGCCAGGGUGAGUCCUUUUAACUACAACCCAAGCCCAAGGAAGAGCAGCACAGACGGCACUUCAGCCCGACCGUCUCAGAUCCCAACGCCAGUGAGCAACAACACAAAGAAACGCGACUCAAAACCCGACAGCACGGAACCCAGCGGGACUCAAAGUCCUAAACGCCAUUCCGGGUCUUACCUUGUGACAUCUGUGUGAAAAGAGCUGGAAGGAUGAAACCGAGAAUGUGAUACGUGUUCCUCACAACUGCUAUGUAGAAAUUUUGUUUCAAGUGAAACUGUAAAAGACUGAAAAAUUUUGUAAAUAGGUUUGAUUCUUGUUAGAGGGUUUUUGUUCUGGAAGCCAUAUUUGAUAGUAUACUUCGUCUUCACUGGUCAUAUUUUGGGAGGCACUCUUGAUAGUUAGGAAGAAAAUGGUAAAGCCAAGUAUAUUUGUACAGUAUGUUUUUCAUGUAUUUAAGUAGCAUCCCAUCCCAGCAUCCUUUAAUUAUUGCUUGUAUUAAAAUAACACUACAGAUAGAAGAUAUGAUAUAUUGCUGUUAUCAAUCAUUUCUAGAUAAUAAACUGACUAAACUUACAUCAGGGAGAAAUUGGUAUUUAUGCAAAAAAACAUUCUGUUUUAGUCCUUGAGAGUCCAUCUAACAUCAUUAUUAAUCAUGUGGCUGUGAAAUUCACAGUAAUAUGGUUCCCAGUGAACAAGUUUACCCAGCCUGCUUUGCUUUACUGCAUGAAUGAAAAUGAUGGUUCAAUUUCAGAAGUAAUGAUUAACAGUUCUGUGGUCACAUGAUGUGCAUAUAGAUAGCUAUAGUGUAACAACUUACACUAUUUUGUGCGCAAAACAAAAAAAUCUGUGUAACUGUAAAACAUUGAAUGAUACUAUUUUACCUGAACAUCUGAAAGUAGGUAGAAUUUUUGCUAUGCUGUAACUUGUUGUAUAUUCUGGUAUUUGAGGUGAGAUGGCUGCUCUUUUAUUAUUGAGACAUGAAUCGUGUCUCAACAGAAACUAAAUGAACAUUUCAGAAUAAAUUAUUGCUGUAUGUAAACUGUUACUGAAAUUGGUAUUUGUUUGAAGGGUCUUAUUUCACAUUUGUAUUAAUAACUGUCAAAAAGGGCCUCUUUUAAAAGCUUAUAUAAAUUUUUUCUUCAAAUUCUAUGCAUUUAAGAGUAAACUUCCUCUUACUGUAAUAAAAAACAAUUGAAGCUGA